AUGUUAUGCGGAGGCUCACGUGUAUUGCAGCAUUUAUCCGAUUACCAUCAAUAUACUCCGAUUGGAUUGGGUUUAGGGUUUUGUGGUGCUGAAAUUGUGCAACUUUCUCCAUUCUUUCUCAGACCUUCUCAGGCUAUGGCGAACGGUCAUUUAUAUGUAAAUUAUAAAUUGACCAUAUUAGAAAAAGGAAUUGUUGUUCGGAUUGGUUUCCAAGAUGGUCCUCAAGAGUCGAUCAAUGUUAUAUUUGAUGUUUUGGAGAAACCGAAAUCAAAAUCAGACUGGAAGAGGUUUGUUAAGGAGGAAACCGACUUAGAGUUCAGCAGGUGGCGAAAAGUUUCGCUCAGGGUUCAUGAGGUGCACAUCCUUCACGAAAACGCUCCAAACGAGCCGAAUGAGUAUGAGGACCUCAUCUUCUCCUUAGCCGACGAGUUGAGGCUGAGGUAA